AUGAUUAGAUUCUCAUUGAAGAAAGCAUCACAAUUAUUGGGAAAACAAUUCCAAGCUUUCUCCACACAAUAGAAUCUCAUAGAAAUAUUUAUAGAUGACGUACCUCACAAAGUUGAUCCAUCAGCAACAAUAUUUUAAGCAUGUUAUUCAGCAGGUGUAAUCAUUCCCAGAUUCUGUUAUCAUGAAAGAUUAGCAGUAGCAGGAAAUUGUAGAAUGUGUCUAGUCGAAGUUGAAAAGUCACCAAAACCUGUGGCAGCUUGUGCAGCAUAAGUCGCACCUGGAAUGAAAAUACUCACAAAAAGUGAGAAGACAAGAAUAGCAAGAGGAGGUGUUAUGGAAUUCAUGUUAGCAAAUCACCCAUUAGAUUGUCCCAUCUGCGAUCAAGGAGGAGAAUGUGAUUUACAAGAUAUUUCAGAGCAAUAUGGUUAUGGAGAUAGCAGACAUAACGAAUACAAGAGAGCUGUAGAGGAUAAGAAUUUUGGUCCUCUUGUUGCUACUAGUAUGAACAGAUGCAUUCAUUGCACAAGAUGUAUUAGAUUUUCAGAUGAAUAUGCUGGUGUAACUGAAUUAGGAACUAGUGGAAGAGGAAGGAAUACCGAAAUUGGUACAUACAUUGACAAAAUGAUCACUAGUGAAUUAUAAGGAAAUCUUGUUGAUGUCUGUCCAGUUGGUGCUUUAACCAAUGGACCAUAUGCAUUCACAUCCAGACCUUGGGAAUUAAAAUCAUAUGAUUCUAUUGAUGUUUUUGAUACUAUCCUUCCACUUAUUCAAAUUGACACCAGAGGAGCUGAAAUUAUGAGAGUGUUACCAAGAAUUCAUGAGGAAGUCAAUGAGGAAUGGUUAAAUGAUAAAUCAAGAUAAGCCUUUGAUGGAUUGAAAAAAUAAAGAUUAACACUACCAUUGGCAAGGGAUGCUCAAGGCAAUUUUACAGAUUUAUAUUGGCCAGAUGCCAUUUAAUAAGCAGCUAAAAAGUUGUAAUCUGUUAAAGGAGAAGAAAUUGUUGGAGUCAUUGGAGAAUUUGCUGAUUGUGAAUCAAUUGUUGCUUUGAAGGAUUUAUUGAAUAGAUUUGAUAGUGACAAUUUUGAAAUUAGAGGAACAGGUGUCCCCUAAUUAGAUGCAGACUUUAGAGCCAAUUAUUUAUUCAAUUCUAGAAUCACAGGAAUUGAAGAAGCUGAUGUACUUUUAUUAGUUGGUACCAAUCCAAAGAUUGAAUCUCCAUUAUUGAAUUCUAGAAUCUUAAGAGCUACAAGAAAGAAUAACUUAAAGGUAUUUUUAAUUGGACCAGCAAAUGAUUUAACAUAUAAUUAUGUCCAUCUUGGAAAUAAUGCUUCAAUUCUUGAUGAAAUUGCUAAUGGCACUCAUCCAUUUGCUGCCAGACUCAAAUCUGCUAAAUUGCCUAUGAUUUUAACAGGAGCAGGUGUCUUAGAAAGAGUUGAUGGAAAUGCCAUUCACAAUGCAUUAAAAAAGAUUGCACAAAAUUCACCAGUAAUCAAUGCAUAAUAAGGAUGGAAUGGUUUCAAUCUAUUACAUAAGGAUGUUGGAAGAAUUAAUGCUCUUGAAUUAGGAAUCACAGCUAGAAGUAGCAGUGUACCACCAAAAGUUGUUAUUCUAUUAGGAGUUGAUAAUAAUUUGAAUGCUUAAGACAUUCCAAAGGAUGCCUUUGUCAUUUACAUUGGUAGCCAUGGAGAUGAAGGUGCUUAUUAUGCUGACCUCAUAUUGCCAGGAGCUACAUAUACUGAGAAGAAUGGCACAUAUGUUUCAACCGAAGGAAGAGUCUAAACCACCAAGUUGGUAGCACUCCCUCCAUCAGGAGCAAAAUCAGAUUGGGAAAUCUUGAGAGCCUUAUCCGAGGAGUGUGGAUGUGCCUUGCCUUAUGAUAGUUUAGAGGAAGUUAGAUAUAGAAUUGCUGAAUUGGCUCCCCAUUUAUUGAAAUACGAUUACAUUGAGUCUAGUGUUUUGGGAUAGGUUGCAUUAAAGCCUGAAUCAUCAAAACAAACCAUUUCAGCCACUCCUUUCAGGGAUCUUAUUGAUAACUUCUAUAUGACUGAUGCUAUUUCUAGAUAAUCAGUUACUAUGGCUAAAUGCUCUACGGCAUUUAAUCCUCAUAAAUUUAGCACAUUUAAAUAAUUAUGAUAUAAUAUCCAAAAAAUGAUAGCAAUAACAUAUAUAAUUAUAU